GGCACCGCCGUCCAAAUCUCGCCGUCUGUUAUCCUAGGGAUUGAAGUCGCUGUUGGCCCGCCAAAGGAAAAAGAGCGUAUCAAUACUGUCGAACCCGCGAAGGUCGAAGGCGUGCUCGACCAACGCGGGCUUCAGAGCUGGCAAGUUGGGCUUGAGAAGUUGAAGAGAAAACUCAAUUCUCUCUUGGAAGCUUGGCGAUAGUGGCCGAUGAGAGCUUCAUCCAAACUACCAACGAUCGUCGAAGCUUCAUCAUCAUCUCCACGGGUAGCAUCGCAAGCCUCCCCCGACGUCGAAUCAGCUAUGAAGGAGCUAGCUCUAGCUCCGACACCAUCUCGUACAUCAUCACCGGUCGCCACCGACCCAACCGUACCAUCUAUCCCACCGCCGUCCAAAAUGAAUUCAGUACCAUUGCAAGACCUAGCUAAGUCAGUAGAGGCUAAGGAAGAGGACGCCCUUGAUUCCUAUGAUGAAGCGGUGGCCUCCGCCGCUGUGGUCCAAGAGAAACAGACUAUUACCGCUCCUGUAUCAACACAUCAUGUCGUAAGACAACGAUAUGAAGAGAAGCUUCAAACCCACGUUGUCGUGGAGCGACCGAAGGCCACACCCUCGUUCUCCGUUAGCGGAGUUGAGGGAAGGUUGGGAGGAACAUGUCCCGACGUCAGUAAGCAAUUCACCUUGCCCAAUUUUGAUCGGGUUAAUUGGAAAUAUAGGAAAAGGUAGUUGGGAGAUGGAGGUAACCUCUACGUCGCGAGAAGCGGAAACCUGGUAUAAAUGAAUGGAUGCAGG